AUGGAUUCAUACAAUGAAACUAAGUACAAGGAAUUAAAGAAGAAGUAUGCAAUUCUCAUGAAAGAAUAGCAAUAUCAAAUGAUAUAAUAAGAAUAUGAAAAAGUUAAUAGCGAUUUAGCAGAAUCUAUUUAGGAGAAAAGGAUACUCCAAAAUAGAAUUAAUGAAAUAUUGGGAAAGCAAAGUGAAGACAAUUGA